AAUUCAAGUGUCAUUAUCCACAACUAUUUUACAAGUCCAACAUGCUUAUUACACUCUUGCUUAAAAACUAAGUACAGACAAAGGAAUAUGAGUUAUGAAAUCCACAUUACUCCCACCAAACCAUUUGACAGAUUCUCUUUUUAGAAACCCCAUGUUAUAAAAUCUCUUGACUUCUUCACUUAUGUCCUAAAUUCCUAAUUAAGGUAGCUAACAUUUUCCAACUUCUCCAGCAUGUCCAAACAGUACACCAAGAAACAGGCCCUGGACAAGAGCAAAAACAUUUCCAGGGAAAAUGAGAAGCAACAUACUUAUAACUUCUUCUCCAAAAACCGCAAGAAAAUUUACCCUAUUGGCCUGCAGAGAACUUGCUCGCCUCUUUCGCUCUCUUCAUUAUCAUUAUCUUUGUCUCAGAACUCGACUGAUUCUUCGUUAACUGAUCCUUCCACCCCGCUCGAUCAGAAAAUAUCGUUCACCGUACAGUUGAUAGCACCGAUGCAGAGAAGAGACCCCAAAGCUGUUGAGCACAGUAGUUCAAAUGAUUCUUGUCAGGAGGGUACGAGGAGAUGCAACUGGAUUACGAAAAACAGUGAUAAAGUAUACGUACAAUUCCAUGACGAAUGCUGGGGAGCACCAGUUUACGAUGACAAUCAGUUGUUUGAGCUGCUUGCAAUGUGUGGACUGCUUAUGGAUUUCAACUGGACUGAAAUCCUGAAAAGAAGACAACUUCUCAGACAAGCUUUUGCUGGUUUUGAUCCCAAGAAUGUGGCCAAAAUGGGCGAAAAAGAGAUCUCUGAGAUAGCCUCGAACAAAGAACUAACAUUGGCGGAAACCAGAGCUAGGUGCAUCGUCGACAAUGCAAAAUGCAUAACAAAGGUUGCGAGAGAAUAUGGAUCAUUCGGUAGCUAUAUGUGGGAAUAUGUGAGUUUCAAGCCGAUGAUCAACAAGUUUAGGCAUCCAAGAAAUGUCCCACUGAGGAGUCCAAAGGCGGAAGCGAUCAGCAAGGAUCUGGUAUGAGGAGUGUGUGAAUCUAGCAGAAAGGCCAUGGAGACAUGUUUGAUAUAAGCUGCAUCAACCUAGCUAGCAAAAAUUACUUAUAUUAUGUUAAACAGGUAUUCUUAAUUUACAUAGGAUAGAUCCUAUAAAUUGAAAGGAUUGUCAUUUUCUUGAUGAUGGUUUUAUUUAUAAUAUCAAAGUAUUGAUGGAAUUGAUAUUGUGAUGUGAUUAAGAUGAUGAAAAGGCGAGAUCUUGUCCACAACAUGGAAUUCGUACCAAUAGGAACACAAGCUCCAAACCAAAAAGAAAAAAGAAAAAA